UAUUGCCAAGGCUAAGAUUUCGAUUUUUAGCCUAGGUUCAUCAAGAAGGUGAAACCUUCUUGAAUAUCUAAGUCUUUCGCCAUAAGCACUUAUCCUUCAUUACCACACUUCUUACAUACAGGUCUUUCAAUACUCUCUAUCCAAAGGCGCGAAAACAUGAGGUGGCCGAUUUUUCUAGCGACUCUAUUCAUAAUCACCUUGUGUUCACUUCCUUUUGCUGUAUCUGACGGCGAGCCCUUCCUAGUCGUCGGAAGAUUCAUACAUGGCCCUAACAUUGUCCACAAGAACAUGUUUGUUACUACACAAAUAUACAAUACAGGAAAUAGUACGGCCUAUAACAUCAAGAUAUUAGACUCAUUUUGGAAGAGUAACAACUUCACCAAUAUCAGGUUCUCCGAGAUUAUAGUAGAUAAACUAGAACCUGGGCAAAAUUUCACACAUGUCACUACAGUUGUCCCUACCAAAUCCAAGUUAUAUAAUGCAGCAUCUGCCAUAGUUAGCUAUCAUACAGAGUCUGAUCCAACAGAAAUUUUCGUUUAUUCCAAUACUCCAAAUUUUGGAAAGUUCCGCAUAUACCGCCCAAAUGAAGCUUCGGACGACACAACUUAUAAUUUUGAAUGGGUCACUUUUGCAGUCAUCAUCGUUUUGUCAGUUGCAUUUCCUGUUACUUCCUAUAUACAAGCUCGCUCGAAAUUCAGUAAAAUAUACCUCAGCCACAGAAAAGGUAGGGUUGAAAAAAACUAGCAACACUACGCAAAUGGAAAGUAAAUUAAUUUUACCCUUUUUCCUAAUACCAAAACGCUUUAGGAAUAGAACUUCUAUAUAAAUAAAAUAGGCAAGCGAAACAGAAUAAACAGAAAAUAUGUUGCUCGUAUAAUGUCUGUUCGAGUCCUAGAACAGCAUAUUGAAGUCACAGCA